GGGGCCGGGCGGGGCGCGAAGCGGAGCCGGGAGCCAGAGGACGAGGAGGGGUCCCCGCCGCUCCGGGCGGCCCCGUCCUGGGUCCUACCCCGCCGGGCUGGCCGGAAUGGCCGGCUCCCGUCCCUGCCGCCGCCGCCCGUGAGGAGCAGCCGCGAGGGGAGGCCCGGGCCGCGGGCGCCAUGCGCAGGUCCAGCACGGACGAGUCUCCGUACCGCCGGAGCCCGUCCCUGGACAGCAAGGACGCGGGCUUCGCGCCGGGCACCUUCCGCCGCUACAGCGGCCUGUACGGGGCCAGCCCGGGGGGCCAGGACGGCGGCGGCGGCGGCGGCUCCUCAUUCUGCCCCCAGGCCGCCAAGGCCCAGUACCGGUCGGCCAAGGGCAGCAAGUACGUGGUCUUUUACCUGGACCUCUCCUUCAUCUUCCUCCUAGAGCUGCGGCGCUGCGGCAUGGCGCGCACCUGCCUCCAGGGCGUCAAGUACCUCAUGUUCGCCUUCAACCUGCUCUUCUGGCUGGGAGGAUGCGGCAUUCUCGGAGUGGGCAUCUGGCUGGCCGUGACGCAGGGCAACUUUGCCACCCUGUCGCCGUCCUUCCCUUCGCUCUCCGCUGCCAACCUGCUCAUCGUCAUGGGCACCUUCGUCAUGGCCAUCGGCUUUGUGGGCUGCAUCGGGGCCAUCAAAGAGCACAAGUGCCUGCUGCUCAGCUUCUUCGUCAUGCUGCUGACCGUGUUCCUGCUGGAGCUCGUCGUGGCCGUCCUCUUCUUCGUCUACACGGACCAGAUUGACACGUACGCCCAGCGAGACCUAAAGAAGGGGCUGCACUUGUAUGGCACGGAGGGGAAUAUCGGCCUCACCAACGCCUGGAGCAUCAUUCAGACGGACUUCCGGUGCUGCGGGGUCUCCAACUACACGGACUGGUUCGAGGUCUACAAUGGCACGCGAGUGCCCGACUCCUGUUGCCUGGAGUUCAGUGACAGCUGUGGCCUCCACUCGCCGGGUACCUGGUGGAAGGCGCCCUGCUACGAGACAGUGAAGAUCUGGCUUCAGGAGAACCUCCUGGCCGUGGGCAUCUUCGGGCUGUGCACGGCGCUGGUCCAGAUCCUCGGCCUCACCUUCGCCAUGACCAUGUAUUGCCAGGUGGCCAAAGCGGACACCUACUGUGCGUAGAGCCGGCCGGCAGUCCACUCCCUGCUUCUUCCCCAAAGGACAGGGGAACCUUCCCUUCAUGUUCAUUCACCCCACCCAUUUCCCCUCAUAAACGGCUUCAUCCUGCUAUGCCCCAGAGCCUCUCAAGCCUGAGAACAAAGUGGAGGGAGGAGGCAGAAGAUGGGAGCCCCAGGGGGCCCCGUCUGCCCAGAGGGAGGCCAUGUCCCUUCCCUGGCCACCCAUUGGGACCUUUGGGGCAGUGGGGGGGCCCAGGAGGUAAGCGAAUCCUGGCGGGAGCCCCUGGCUCUUCCUAGCGAACAUUCCAGGCCAGACUCCAGGCCGGAGGUGGCCCUCAAGGAGACUCAUCUCCCUCUGCGGACCCGGGAAACCACUUUUGUGUUUGCAGAUUUGUCUUGACUUCAGUAAACCGUUGUGCGUGCCCAGCA